AUGAAUGAUGUUGGUACUAUCACAUGGUGUAAGCCUGGUGAACCAAGACCCACGUAUGCUGUUGAUAAUAUCAAAGCACAUGCACAACUUUGUGGUAUUAUUGACUGGGAUUUUAAAGCAUUUAGUAGAUAUGAUGGAUAUAUGGAUUCAGCUACUUAUCGUCAUCUUCUUUCUACUCAUGUUGGGCCACAUAUUUCAAAAUUAAGAAAACAUAAAUUCUACCGAGACAUUAAUAUUUCAUAUCACAAAGCACAAAAAAUUCUCACGUGA